UGACUUCACUGCAGUAGCAAUUUAGCCUCUUGGUUCUUAGUGAGCCAGACACACUAACCUGUCUGUCCCCUCCUCUUUUCUCUCUCUCUCCCUCUCUCUCUCUCCCUCUCUCUCCCUCUCUCCCUCUCUCCAAAGCAAGCUUCCCUACUCUCCUCCUCAUCACUCUGCCACUCCCGCAGCAUUGAUCUCUGCUUGAUCGGGACACUGGCCUGCAUCUUACCCACUGAUUCUGCAUGACUGUCACAAAGGUGAUUAUCACAGCAGCUCUAAGACGGCAGUGUCACUGGAGGGAAACCACCACUAUGUAAUUAUGACCUCAUCAUCAUUGUGAGAACACAACCUCCACACAAAUGGUCGAUUCCUUGUGGUGGCAGCAAACCCAGCAUGGAACGUCAUCAAAGCUCACCUUUGAGGCUUUCACACACAGCGCCAACGUUUUGGGGAACCAGGAUGUCAUGGCGCCCGACCUACCGAAGCUCCAAGUUUCGAAAUGUCUAUGGGAAGGUGGCCAACCGGGAGCACUGCUACGACGGUAUCCCCAUUACCAAGAACGUCCAUGACAACCACUUCUGUGCCGUCAACUCUAAGUUCUUGGCAGUGGUCACGGAGAGUUCCGGGGGUGGCUCCUUCAUCAUCAUUCCUGUUUCUCAGACAGGCCGUCUGGACUCUCACUACCCAAAAGUAUGUGGCCACCAAGGCAACGUGCUGGACAUCAAGUGGAAUCCCUUCUUCGAAAACAUUGUAGCUUCCUGUUCGGAGGACACUUCGGUGCGGGUAUGGGAGAUCCCAGAUGGCGGUCUGAGGCGUAACAUGACCGAGGCGGUGCUGGAACUGUACGGCCACAGCAGACGUGUGGGUCUGAUUGAGUGGCACCCCACUAGCAGUGGCAUCCUCUUCAGCGCUGGCUACGACUAUAAGGUCCUGAUUUGGAACCUGGAGAUCGGCGAGCCGGUAAAGAUGAUUGACUGCCACACAGACGUCAUCCUCAGCAUGUCCUUCAACACAGACGGCAGUCUGUUGGCCACCAGCUGUAAGGACAAGAACCUGCGAGUAAUAGAGCCACGUUCUGGGAGAGUCCUUCAGCAAGCCAGCUACAAAAACCACCGUGUAAACCGAGUGGUUUUCCUGGGUAACCUGAAGCGACUACUCACCACAGGCGUCUCUCGUUGGAACACACGUCAGAUUGCCCUUUGGGAUCAGGAGGAUCUGUCCAUGCCAAUAGUGGAGGAGGACAUAGACGGUCUUUCAGGGCUGUUGUUCCCCUUCUACGAUGCUGACACACACAUGUUAUACCUGGCAGGCAAGGGAGACGGCAACAUCCGUUACUUUGAGGUCACCACUGAGAAACCAUUCAUUCAGUACUUAAUGGAGUUCCGGUCCCAAGCCCCUCAGAAAGGAUUAGGUGUGAUGCCAAAGCACGGGCUGGACGUGGGCGCUUGCGAGGUGUACCGCUUCUACAAGCUGGUCACCCUGAAGGGGAUGAUCGAGCCUAUUUCCAUGAUUGUGCCAAGAAGGUCAGACUCAUACCAGGAGGACCUCUACCCCAUGACAUCAGGGACUGAACCAGCUCUUUCCGCCAGCGAGUGGCUCAGCGGUGUUAACAGAGACCCAGUUUUAAUGUCCCUCAAGGAUGGCUACCACCGACCAAACAAGCUAGUGUUCAAGGCUCCGGUGAAGGAGAAGAAAAGUGUGGUCGUGAAUGGCAUCGACUUACUGGAGAACGUACCACCCAGGACAGAGAACGAGCUCCUGCGAAUGUUCUUCCGGCAACAAGACGAGCUGCGACGGCUGAAGGAAGAGUUGACCACCAAGGACGUGCGCAUACGCCAGCUCGAGCUGGAACUUAACAACAUGAAGAACGUCAGCCCCAACAACAUUUAACCUCUGACAAAUAAGCCACCUGCUUUUCCUCCAGCACGGACCUCCGAUGACCUCCUCCUUGUUUAAUAGAAACUACUGUCCUGACACAUGUAUUUUGAUUACUGCAAUAUUGUAUAUUUCAUUAUGGAGCAUUGCAUCGAUGGGGGAAGAUGUUAAUGUUAUUUUAAGUGUUGUGAUGAAUUACUGCACAUUUUUACCUCAGCAUUGGCCACUAAUAUUCAAAAAGCUUUUUUUUUUUUUUAAAGCUUUCAAAUUUACGCCCAUUAUGAGGUUAAAAAAACAACCGAC